UCUAGCUUGCUGCUUAGCAUCCAAAGCAAUUUUCUGUCACAAGGCUCAUCAGGCUACACUGCAGUGUGCGUUCAAUAGUGUGCCCAAAACAGGUUUCAUUAUGCAAGGUCUAGGGAAGGUAGAGCGCGGCGACCAAGGCCGAGACAUCGACCUGACAUCAAUGAGAUCAACCAUGCCGGCCGGCGGUCCUCUACAGGGUGUUUCCAGCUCUGGCCUGAACAUGAACCUGUACGCCACCAAGAAAACGGCAGCUGAGGGCAUGCUCGACAUUGCCUUAUUCCUGGCGAACAUCACACACAUGAAGACUGUCAUCGAACAAGGGGCAGGAUACAGGUACUACGCUGCAGUCCUGACUCUCAUCUCCUUCUCGCUGGCUCUCCAAAUAGUUGCAGGGAUUCUUAUCAUCAUCAUAGGACGCCGGGACGUGAACAAUCCCACCCUUCAGAAGCGCAUGGACUAUUUGAACAAUGUAACCACCAUCAUGGUCUUCAUCACCACCGCCCUCAACUUAUUCAUCAGCACCUUCGGGAUGCAGCGCACCGGACACUUCCCCUGGCUCAUGAUGCGCAUUCACUGACAAAAACAGGACUUGAAGCAGUUUUAGGGCCUUUGUAUUCAACCAGGGUCAUUUGUGUCCCCAGGAAAUAAAAUGUAGAAAUGCAUGCUAAAAAUGAACUGUAACAUAUUGAGUUUUAUUAAGCAAAGUGUCCUGCACAUUCAUCUGACUGCAUAUUUAAAAAAAAAUGUUUUUAAAGAUUAACUUUAACUACCUUGAACAUAGUAGAAUUCCACUUAUAAAGCCCCCGCCCCCAAAAAAACAUUCAAAAACAGCUAACAAUGCUCAAUUUACACGGUAAAAAUCCAUACGUGUAAGCUUCAUCAUGAAACUUGGUCAGAUCUUUGUAAGUAGAUAAUGCACAUAAAGACAUUUAGUUUGUUUUGUAUUGAAAUUGCUAACUUUGUGAUGUUUUUGUAUUUGUUGUCCUGUUGAUUUUAGACUGAGUAACUCUCUGCCGAUCAAAGCUCGUUUUAUACAUCCAUCCAUCCAUCCAUUUUCCACCGCUUAUUCCCUUUUGGGGUCGCGAGGGGCGCUGGAGCCUAUCUCAGCUACAUGUCACGUUAAAUUUGAUGAGAAAAGGGUGAUACCGCUACACCUUAGGUUUAAUUGGGUUGAGCCAGUUUCACUGCAUGCAAUGUUUGCUGUGGAUAUUGUUUAACUUCUAUUUGCGUAAACAUCUGUAGUUUAUUGUGUGAAUGUAUUAACACUAAACAUUCUAUUUUAUUUAUGUAAAAUACACAAUGGACAUUUUUUAUCUAAAUCAGUGGUUCUCAAAUGGGGGUACCCGUACCCCUGGGGGUACUUGAAGGUAUGCCAAGGGGUACGUGAGAUUUUUUUUUUAUAUUUUAAAAAUAGCAACAAUUCAAAAAUCCUUUAUAAAUGUAAAUAAAAACCUAUCUUUUUUUCCAAAUAGUUCAAGAAAGACCACUACAAAUGAGCAAUAUUUUGCACUAUUAUACAAUUUAAUAAAUCAGAAACUGAUGACAUAGUGCUGUAUUUUACUUCUUUAUCUCUUUUUUUUCAACCAAAAAUGCUUUGCUCUGAUUAGGGGGUACUUGAAUUUAAAAAAAAUUCACAGGGGGUACAUCACUGAAAAAAGGUUGAGAACCACUGAUCUAAAUUACACAAUGGAUGUUAUACUUUUGUAAUGUUUAUUCUAUGUUUAUAUGUUCAGUCUUACAAACCUAAAUGAAGGAAGAAGUGUAAAGAAAAAAAAAAUGAGGAAGAAAAAUUCUAAAUAAUGAACAUCAAUCCUCAACGUCUGUUUCUGCAUGCUGUUAACUAUCUGUCGAGUUGCACACGCUGAAAACGUGUAGCGAGGGCAGAAUAAUGAA